AUGGCUCCGCUGCAACGUUUCGCCCUCCUCGUCUUCCUCGCCCUCCUCUCUCUCGCCGAGGCCGGCAUUUUGUCCCUCUCCGUAAGCCGCAGAGGACCCGACAGCACAUCACUCCUUCGCCGAGACGGCACCCUGAACCUUACGACACGGUAUACUUGGGGCACUGAAGGCUACUAUGUGAAUAUGGGCGUCGGUGAGCCUGUUCAGAACCUUCACUUUCUGCUCCAUACGACCACCAGCCUUUCGUGGGUCCUCUCUGCCCCUGCCUAUGGCUGCAAGGAAAUACCCGGCUUGGGCCUGGGAUGGUGCCAGCAAACAUUUAACCCUGAAAAGAGCAGCACCUUCAGCCUGGUCGACCAAGAUGCCCUGAAACUGGGCGAAGAGGCCCGUACCCCUCGAUUCCGGGGGUUUUACUUCAACGAUACGGUUACCAUCCAAGGUAAACAGAUCAAAAAUCAGCAUCUUGGCCUCGCCUUCAAGAACUCCAGGUUCGAAUCCGUCAUCGGUCUUGGCCUGCAGGCUAGCGACGCUUCCAAGGAAAAUAAUGCCACUACCAUAAUCGACAGCAUGGUUGAAAACGGCAUCAUCGACGUACCUGUAUUCAGCCUCUAUCUUAACGGCGCUGACGCUGAGUCCGGCACAAUCCUCUUUGGCGGUGUCGACUCGAAAAAGUACCACGGCACACUCGCUACCAUCCCUCUGAUGCCGGAUCCCAAAUCGCACCUGGCUGGCGGAGACGUCACUUCAUAUGCCAUCCACCUAAGAGGGCUUGAAGUCGACGGUCUCCAGCUCGACCCCCUUGACACCCAUGCCAUAAUGGACGCCAGUGAUUCCCGUACUGUUCUUCCGCGUGAGCACGUCACCAAAAUCUACAAACAUUUUGGCGUCUAUAUGAAUGACUCUUACUACAUGGCCCUAAUAGAUUGCGCCUAUGGUCGCGAAAAGGGAAAGGCCAUCAGCUUCCGCUUCAACUUCAGUGGCCAGUCUAUUGUUGUACCUAUGCGUGAGAUGAUCUUUGAUGCCAAGGACGGACCCAUCCACCGAAGCUUCGGCGAUGAGGAACUGAACAAGGUGGCCGACGGAUGGGAAUCUAUCUGUUACUUUGGUAUCGUCCCCCCCUCCAGGAACGACGACCAAUCCGCUCAAACGGUUUAUUUGGGCGACUCCUUCCUGCGCUCCAGCUAUGUUGUCUUCGACCAAGCCAACUUGCAAAUCGGCCUCGCUCAGGCAAUCGAAAAUGCAACUGAAUCUAAUAUUAUCAAGAUGAAGAAGGGUGAAAAGAAGUUCCCCGACGCCGUCGCUGCCGAGGCCAAGGCUCGCAUCCUCGGCCCAUCGGUCAACACAGUUACCUGCUUACUCAUCACCGCAGCGGCCCUUCUUGCAUUCGUGCUAUAA